AGACGACGACGUUCGAAGGUGAGCUACCAUCCCUCUCCAUUUCCGCUAAGGCAGGCGCUGGAAUGCGGCCAAAAUCAGGCUGCUAACUGCGCCUCGCAAACGAAUAGAAGCGUCAACCGUCCCCCUCGCUGCCAUGACUGCGGCCGUUGGACUGUAUCAGCGCCUGGGAUUAUCCCCUCCAUGGCUCCCGGCGACAACCCCGACCCCACUGGUCAUCUACGGCGCCGCCUCCGCCGUCGGUGCCUUCGCCCUUCAGUUCGCGCUCAAGUCGAACAUCCACCCGCUGAUCUGCGUGGCCGGACGAGGCGCAUCUUUCGUCGAGUCGUUCAUCGACCGCAGCAAGGGCGACACGGUCGUCGACUACCGAUCCGGCGACGAGGCGGUCGUGAAGGGCAUCCGUGACGCGUUGCAGGGCAAGAAGCUGCAGUACGCGUACGACGCGGUGAGCGAGAAGGGCAGCUAUCAGAACAUCACCCAGGUGCUGGAGCCAAAUGGGAAGAUCACAUUGGUGUUGCCGGAAAAGAACAUCACCCAGGUGCUGGAGCCGAAUGGGGAGAUCACGUUGGUGUUGCCGGAAAAUAAAUACGAGAAUAUCCCCGCGACCGUAGAGCAGAGCAUAACGAAGGUGGGCGCGGCCCAUGAUGAUGGGAAGGACUUCGGGUUCGUGUUCUUUAGGCUGAUCGGGAAGGGAUUGGCAGACGGCUGGUUCAAGCCCCACCCGCAUGAAGUCAGAAAGGGCGGACUGGCGGGCAUUGAGGGCGCUUUGUCGGAUUUGUUGGAGGGCAAGGCGAGUGCGGUAAAGUAUGUAUUUAGAAUUGCUGACACCGUGGGGGUGGAGAAGUCGAGUUUGUGAGGGGGCAUAUAGGCACGAGGCUCUCUAUUAGGUCUAAUACACGGAGUACCAUAGCUACACGAUCUAGCUACAGGUAGAGCUCCGAAAUGAAUAAAUGAAUACGAA